GCGGGUUUACAACAGCAAGCAACUACUGUCUGUAUUACUACUAAACAUCUUCUGAUGUCAGCUGCCAAUUUCGCUUACACUUUUUUCAACGCAUCUUCGCACACCCUCGCCAGCCCUUAUUUCACCUCGCGCAUUUUCUCCUCUUUCUCUUUCUCUCUCCUCCCGCCGUCUCCCAGGUGCAUUUUCAAUCGCACUAGAACAAUUUCCGCCAUGGCUGGUGAUGCGAAGGUUAAAGCUGGUGAUACGAAAGCUAAACCUAAAACUGGUGGUAAGAAGAAGGAGGUGAAGAAAGAGACUGGUUUAGGGUUAACUUAUAAGAAGGCUGAGAAUUUUGGGGAGUGGUAUUCUGAGGUUGUUGUCAAUGCUGAGAUGAUCGAGUAUUACGAUAUCUCCGGGUGUUACAUUCUGAGGCCAUGGACUAUGUCCAUUUGGGAGUCUAUGCAAGAAUUUUUUGAUGCGGAAAUAAAAAAGAUGAAGAUCAAGAACUGCUAUUUCCCUCUGUUUGUCUCACCUGGUGUAUUGGAGAAGGAGAAGGACCAUAUUGAGGGUUUUGCCCCAGAGGUUGCAUGGGUAACAAAGUCUGGACAAUCUGACUUGGAAGUACCUAUUGCUAUUCGUCCCACUAGUGAGACUGUCAUGUAUCCAUACUACUCAAAGUGGAUCAGGGGACACCGUGACUUGCCUUUAAGACUUAAUCAGUGGUGCAAUGUUGUCCGCUGGGAAUUCAGCAACCCUACUCCCUUUAUCAGGAGUCGUGAAUUUCUCUGGCAAGAAGGCCAUACAGCUUUUGCAACACAGGAAGAGGCAGAUGCUGAGGUUCUAGAUAUAUUGGAACUAUACCGGCGAAUAUAUGAAGAAUUUUUGGCUGUUCCAGUUUUCAAGGGAAAGAAGAGUGAAAUGGAGAAGUUUGCUGGUGGAUACUACACUACAAGUGUUGAGGCUUUUAUUCCAAACACUGGGCGUGGUGUACAAGGUGCAACCUCACACUGUUUAGGGCAAAAUUUUGCAAAGAUGUUUGAGAUAACAUACGAAAAUGAGAAAGGAGAGAAGGCAAUGGUUUGGCAGAACUCAUGGGCGUACAGUACCAGAACGAUAGGGGUCAUGGUGAUGACACAUGGCGAUGACAAAGGCCUAGUUCUGCCUCCAAAAGUAGCAGCUGUCCAAGUCAUUGUGGUGCCUGUCCCUUUCAAAGAUGCAGAUAUGCAAGGAAUUUAUGAUGCUUGUACUUCCACUGUCAAGAUAUUGAAUGAAGCAGGUCUUCGGGCUGAGACAGAUCUUAGGGAUAACUAUUCUCCUGGCUGGAAGUACUCACACUGGGAGAUGAAAGGUGUUCCUUUGAGACUUGAGAUUGGACCAAAGGAUUUGGCCAAUAGUCAGGCUCGUGCUGUUCGACGUGACAAUACGGAAAAGAAGGAUAUCCCAAUGGCUAAUUUGGUCGAUCAGGUGAAAGAGUUGCUGGACACAAUUCAACAGAACAUGUUUGAUGUUGCAAAGCAGAAGAGAGAUGAGUGCAUCAAAGUAGUUAGGACGUGGGAUGAGUUUAUUGAAGCUUUGGGCCAGAAGAAACUGAUCUUGGCUCCUUGGUGUGAUGAAGAGGAAGUUGAGAAGGAUGUCAAAGCUCGAACAAAAGGUGAGAUGGGGGCUGCGAAGACUUUGUGCUCACCGUUUGACCAGCCAGAGUUGGAAGAAGGUACCCUUUGCUUUGCUUCUGGAAAACCAGCUAAGAAGUGGACAUAUUGGGGCAGAAGCUACUAAAUGUCUGCGUUAUGAUUUUCCAGUGUUCUGACAUGAAAGAUAGCAGUCACUCGAACUACUGUGUACUACUCCAAAUACUCCCUUCAUAUUGCCAGGUUCCCGGUGUUCUUAUUCUUACCAAGAGUGGUAGCUCAUUUUCCAGGACUUUGGUAGAUUGUAUCGAUUCUUCUUGACUUGAAUUUGAGUUGGAGAAAAAGGAUAUCUUUGUACAAUUCAAUCCCCCUUUUGAUACUAA